AGAUCUAAUAUGAUUAAACCAUUAUCAAACUCUAUCAGAGGAACAUAGGGAUGAUAAUCAAGUCCCUUUAAGAUGGUUGAGCUGUGGGAUGAGUUUGAGCACGCUGAGAAGAACCUUGUUUAUUCUGCAGUUAAUCUACCUGGACCCGGAUACAGAGAGGAAGAGUUUCAACCUAUUCUGAACUGUUGUGACUGCACAACGGAUUGUUCAACUUCCUGCUCUCAUCUGGUCCAGUAUGGGAAAAAUUACUCAAUGGGAUUGAUGUUGAAGAGCAGCGUAAACCAACCGAUCUUUGAAUGCAAUGCGAGGUGCUCUUGCGACCCCUCCAGGUGCUACAACAGGGUUGUGCAGUUCGGACCCAACCGUAACCUCAAGAUUAUUCAAACCGAGUCCAAGGGGUUCGGAGUCAUUUGCAAAACUAAACUACGGAGUGGAGAAUAUGUUUGCGAGUAUGCAGGAGAAAUUAUCGAUGAGAAAACAGCUCGAAUCAGGUUCUCUGCUGAUGCGGACGCGUCUAACUAUAUUUUGGUGCUCAAGGAGUUCGGGGGAGCAGAGAUCGUUAGCACAACUAUCGUUGAUCCGACAGCAAUUGGAAACAUUGGUCGGUAUCUGAACCAUUCCUGCAGACCCAACCUGGAGAUGGUUCCUGUCAGGAUAGAUUCUGCAGUUCCACAUCUAGCGCUCUUUGCGUCAAAAGAUAUUAUACAGGGCGAGGAGUUAUGUUUUGAUUACGGGGAUACGACACGAUCCGGAAAACUAGGUCUAGCAGAACCUGGAGUAGAACUAGAUAAACAGGACUUGACGCGACCUAGAGGAGAGAACCUUCCGAUUACCAAACCUGUAGCAAGGAACCAAUCCUCCUCUGAAUCCGACACAAACUUGUCGGAUUCAUGUGCGGGACCUUCAAGCUUGAUUAAACCUGGGUUUGUGAAAUCCGUGUUAAAGGUACCUCGAGUACCAGUUCUAGAUAAACCUGGAACUAGGAAACUUCACCCAGAGAAGACAAAGAAAGAGGAGUCCUCAGUAGAAAUACUGAACAAGAAACCAGUCUCUCCCAACAUUGAGACGGAAAAUGCAAAAUCUGUGAUAGAAGACGCGAGUGCAGCGGAAGAUGCCGAGGAAUCAACUUUAAUAUACAAAAGAUCUAAAUGUUUAUGUAAUGCUAAAAAUUGUAAAAAGUGGUUACCAUUUAACAGAGAAUUGUUCUUGUAAUUUUUUAUCUUAAUACUCUGCAGAUAUUUUCGUUGAAUAAAUUUGUCCUAACUAUUAUACAA